AUGCUCUCUGUAGCCGUAAACGACAGAUUUACAUCCAUCAAACUUGGCACAGCUCUCUCCACACGCCUCCACGCUAUCUGUGUCGCCGUACUCAAGGACAUUGGCCUUCUUGCCGUUGCGAUGACCGGUGUGGCCGCACGGAAGCAAGUUGGUCGUGGGGGAGGAGAUGUGGUUGUCGAGCACUUGGUUGAGAUUGUGCUUGAGAAUGUUGUAGGGAUUGAGGUGGUGCACGGAGUAGUGGAAGAUGAAGAUUUUGAUGAACUUGAAGAAGACUCGGAGCUAAUCGUGGAAGUUGAGCAUGGUGACGAUGUAGAUGACUCAUGGGAUGUGGUAGAUGAAUCAGACGUUGUGGUACUUUCGCAAGGUGUUGUAGUACUAGAGACGGUAGAUGAAGAAGUCUCGCAUGGAGUGGAGGAGGAAGCUUCAGAUGUUGUUGAACCUGAAGACUCAGAGGUUGAAGUAGCAGAAGUGCUAGUCUCACUUGAUGUCCAAGUAGAAGACGUCUCGGAAGACACUAUUGAGGUCGUGAAGGGUGUAGAAGUUGAUGUCUUUGAGGUAACCGAAGAUUCGGAAGUGGUGGUCUCACUAGUAGGGGCUGUAGAGCUUUCAGACGACGUUGAGGUAUCAGAAGUUGAGCAAGGUGAAGUAGUCCCCGAAGAUUCUGCUGUCUCAUAUGUAGAUGAGCUCUCUGUAGUGGAAGAAACCUCACUUGUAGCUGAGGAGGCUUGGGAUGUCUCGGAGGUAGUGCUUGAAGAAGUUGUGGUGUCGUGUGUGACAGUGGUGCUCAUUGAAGAUGAGCUGCUGUGA